UCGCCCUGUGGGUAACAACGUGAUGACGUCAGACGUGUGAACAACAAACAGUUGUUGGACUUCAACAAGCUAGCGACUGGUAACGCUGGACAAACACGGAUCCUGGGCAGUUUGCAUUGACAGAAAGAGCCCAACGACACCGAAGCCGUCGGAACCUCCUUUGUAUCAUCUCUGACUAUUUUGCACUGUUCGUACAGGCAAGUGUAGCGUGUCUGCGGUCCCCUAGCGCUAAUGUUAGCUACCGAAACAUGGUCAUUGCUCGGAGUGUGACGCCUAUUUUUUUUGUGGCUGCCGCUGGUCGAGGGUUGUGAUGUGAGCCGAGUUGCAGCACGACGUAGGGCGAGACGACAGCCGCGGCCGGGGAAUAUUUUUCUUGACACACGAGAAUGGACUUUGUCGGGGGUAAACAACAGAGCUCACGCAAAGGAGCGAGCGAGCGAGCGAGCGCGGCCCUGGAUGUCAUUGUUGGGAAACAACUUUAACAAGCUAGCUAACGUUAGCUCGCCGUGGGAUCAGCAAAUGAAUCGGCUCGGUGUCGGGCAGUAAGCUCGCUUCGCUGGCAUCAUGGACGCACUCUGAGUGGCCGCUCAUUACGGUUCACUGGCCCGGUUCUUUUAAACGCUGCCGGCAAUGUGCUGACGACCUGGGCACUUCUCCGCCGCUUCCCACUCGGAGCAGCAGGGCACGGUUGGCAGAAAAGACUCAAGCGGAGGAUUGCCUGCCUCGGUGACAGUUGAGCGAAGUUGUGUAGGUGGCAGACAAAUGACUGGAGCUAUUUGUUUCACAUAAAGAACCGACAUUUCAUGCAUUGACAGUGAAAUUGCACUUUAUUUAGCUUAUUUUGAGGAGGUAGUCAACCGUGGGUUUGUGCUGGUAAAACUGUCGCUUAUAAUAAUUACAAGAUAAUUUCCUGAUUUCACUUGAGUAUAGUUUGGUCAGUAAAGUAAGUGAAUAAUUGCACAUCUGUGUAUUGUUGCGAGCCAGAGGCCAGAGACAAGUUUAUCUGCUGGAGUUGGUUCCCAGUUACUGUUUAACAUAAUAUCUAUGCUGUCUGGCACAGUUCAAGACUGAGUUUUAUUGGGGAUGAAAACAUGAAUAUCGAAGACCAGCGUCUAGAUUUGUGCAAUGUGAAGACAAUUAGCAACGUGGACAAUGAUCACAACACUACCAAGAACACAGAGGAGGUCACCUGCAGGAUUUCAGAACUGACAGCUGACAAUAAUUCAGAAAAACAAAUCAUUGUUCCCACAGAGGCCUCGGAAACAUACCUGAUGCCUCAACUAACUGACAACCUUCAAGCAGAGGAAGAUAACCACCCGGCAAAAGAUACACUGGAGAUUGAUGAAGUCAAUGGAAAUGGAAAGAGCAGUGAACAAGACACCAAUCCUACACAGCACAAGGAUAGUAAUGGGGUGCAAAUAAUGAAGGAAGCGAAGGGGGAUGACCCUGCAAAGAUCAUUGUGGGUGAAGGAAAUGAGGGUGCCGAAAUGGACAUCGGUGUAGACCUGAGUCUGGAUGAGAGCGGGGUGUUGGAGGCUGACAUAACAACUGUCAUAUCACCCACAGACAAUGCUUUAGACUUGGACUCCAUGCCUCAGGAUAUUCUAGCUAGCAGCUCAGCAGAAAGUCCCUCCGAUGCCAGUCAGACAAGCAACACAGAGACUACUGCCCCAGACCAGGCGGGUCUGUACCCCCUGGUGGAGGAGGAGGAUAGUAAGCACAAACCAAGUGGCAAACGAGUGACGUUUCCUUCUGAUGACGAUAUCGUCUCUGGGGCGGUGGAGCCAAAGGACCCCUGGAGACACGCUCAGAAUGCGACGGUGGACGAGAUCCUCUCCUGUUACAGACAGGCCUGUCAGAAGCUCAACUGUAAACCAAUACCCAAAGUGCUCAAACAGAUACAGGAACUGAAAGACCUGACACAGCGAAAUGAAUGUUUCGAUCUGAAGGGUGAGAAACUAGACUACAAAGCGUGCGAGUCCCUGGAGGAGAUUUUGAAGAGGGUUCAGUUUAAAUUGAUCGACCUGGAGCAGACCAACCUGGAUGAAGAUGGAGCAUCAGCUCUUUUUGACAUGAUAGAGUACUACGAGUCAGCUACGCACCUCAACAUCUCCUUCAACAAGCACAUUGGCACACGGGGAUGGCAGGCCGCAGCUCACAUGAUGAGGAAGACAAGUUCUCUUCUGUAUCUGGAUGCUCGUAACACUCCUCUGCUGGACCACUCGGCUCCCUUUGUAGCGCGAGCACUCAGGAUCAGUGGCAGCCUGGCAGUGCUCCACUUGGAGAAUGCUGGCCUGUCGGGCAGGCCGCUCAUGUUACUAGCUACAGCCCUUAAGAUGAACAUGAACCUGCGGGAGUUGUACCUGGCAGACAACAAGCUCAAUGGCCUGCAGGAUUCAGCCCAACUUGGAAACUUACUCAAGUUCAACUACAAUAUCCAGAUUCUAGACCUGCGUAACAACCACAUCCUAGACUCCGGACUGGCCUAUGUGUGCGAAGGACUAAAAGAACAGAGGAAAGGCCUCGUCACUUUGGUGCUGUGGAACAAUCAGCUCACACAUAAUGGCAUGGGCUACUUAGCUGCUGCACUGCCAUGCACCCAGAGCCUCGAGACCCUGAACCUCGGCCAUAACUCUAUAGGUAACGAAGGGGUUCACAAACUGAAAGACGGGCUGAUUGCCAACCGCUCUGUGCUCAGGCUGGGCCUCGCUUCCACUAAGUUGUCCUGCGAAGGUGCCGUGGCCGUGGCUGAAUUCAUCGCUGAAAGCCCCCGGCUGCUACGCCUUGACCUUCGGGAGAACGAAAUCAAGACAGGUGGACUGAUGGCCCUGUCGCUCGCCCUCAAAGUCAACACCUCUCUGCUGCGCCUGGACCUUGAUCGGGAGCCAAAGAAAGAAACUGUGAAGAGCUUCAUUGAGACCCAGCGUGCCCUGCUGGCAGAGAUCCAGAAUGGCUGCAAGAGGAACUUCAUCCUGGCCAAGGAGAAGGAGGAAAACGAGCAGAAGAUGAGGCAGUCUGCCUCAAUGGCUGAAAUCUCCACCGAAGAUGGAGCUGAAGAGGAGGAGGAAGAACCGGCAUCAGACAACAGAAGUGAUGGAGAGGAGCAACAGGAGAAAAAUGCAGAAAGUACGGCUCAGACGAGCAGCCAGUCGGAGCCGAGCUCUGACACAAGCAUUCCUCAAAUGAACAUCGAGUCAGACUCGGACACAGAGGAUGAGGAGGAGGAGGAAGUGGUAACUAAGUCUUCUCCAACAUCCGACUCCUCCACUCACUCAAAUCAGACUACUACUAAAAUCGAGGCCCUGGUUACACAGCCUCCUUCCGGUGCCUCGCAUCCCUCCUCGUCCCCGUCUGCCUCACCUACUGGAGGGCAGAAUGUCGUUUCCAGCAUCACUGUCAUGGAGUCUUCAGCCCCGCCAGGCACCCCUCCAUCACCCGGUCGCUGUAUUUCCGUGUCAAGUCCAGGACGGGGUCAUAAGAUCUUCAUGGUAACACGAGUGGAGAGCCCCCCUGAGCAGCAGCAGCAGCAGCAGCAGCAGCAGCUCCUACAGAUAGCUUUGCCUGCCUCUUCCAGCCAGACUAAAGAGGCCUCAAAGGAACCCACGGAUGCAACCCCACCGCAGACGCAGACGACGCCCGCAUCUCAAACGCCUACACAAACAUUGCUGACACUGAAGGAGAACUCGCCGCCUCCAUCAAAAGACUGUAAACUGACAGAGCAAAGUUCUGUAGCACUCUUUGCAUCCACACCAGACACUACACAGAUGCACACACUAGAGCCAAUAUCUAUAACCCAACCCACGCCUAGCACUUUAGACCCAGAUGUGACACAUCCAAGUCUACACUCUCCAGGCCUGCUUUCAGCUGUCUCACCAGUGCAGAUCACGGUGCCUCAGCCCUGUGAGGAGGCAACAGAGGGCACUAAUAACCCCCUCUGUGAGCAGAGAGUAGAAGAAGAGACAGAAAAAGGUUCUGUAGCCGACAGACAGUUGAUGUCCUCAGAUAGUGCAGAGGAAGAGUUAGACAAACAGAGUCAAGGCCAGCAGCAGCCAGAACUACAGAAUGAGCUAGCAUAUCCCUCAGAGCAGGCCCAGUCACCAAAGCAGGUGGAGGAAGAGGACAAAAAUGAGAUGCUGUCAGAAGAAAAGCAAGAAGCACCACAAGCUGAGGAACCCAGUGUAACCGAGGGGGUCAGCGACCUGGACCAAGCCGGUCCAGAGGCAGAUGAGCAGGGAGUCGACGCCGUUCUCUCUGUUCAGACCAAUCAGCAGGCGCCUUCUGUCGCUCUCCACCCUGCUUCAACCGAGCCCGUCGAGGCGAGCACGGACUCGCUCGAAGAGGAGGAAUCGGCCGACGAGAACUCGGACGAGGGCGAGUGUUUCGCCGAGGCUCUGGACGGAGAAGUGGUCGCUUCGGCUCUGCCCAACGGCCUGAAGCCGGAGUUCUCCCUCCACCUCCUCGAAGCUGAAAGUCCCAAGCCCGGUAGCUGCGUCAUGGAACACGUGAGUGUCAGCUGUGGACAAGACCUGGAGGAGCUGCUGCUAGAAGCCAGUCUGGAGACCGGGAGAGAAGCUCCAUGAGGAUAUGAGGGACCUCACAGACGGGAGUAAACGGCACCCUGAUUGUUCGGCUGGUUGCCCUGCGAUGUUUUCAUUUCUUCGACUCUACAACAUCACCCUCCCGUGACAAAGGACCUGGUGUCAGAGCUCAGUACGCGAAAACGCAAAGAAACUAUGGAAAAUAUAUAAAGGACAAAGUCAAGAGACCUUCUACGUCCACACUACACAGAAAUAAAUGCAUAUGCACAUUCAGUGGGAGGAAGAGGAGAAUCUUCAUCAUCAUCACUAUAGUUUGUCGGCCCAGUUUGGGAUGUAACACUAACCAAAGACAGUUCAUGGACCUUUGUCACAGCCUCCUCUUGCUUUUUUUUUCCGAUAACACACACAUAUGAGAAGUGGGGUUCACGGCGCCGGUGACGGAGCCUUCUGAGCAGACCUGCUGGCUUUAAACCCGUAAUCAAGGUGGAAGUGGCCGUUCGCGCUUUUCUAUCCAAUGAAACUGACGAUGGCAACAUGUUUGUUUUGUCAGUGUUUUACGUCUGUGUCUCCUGAGCCCCAGCGUCCGGUCUUCUUGACGGACUCUAAGGGACCUCUGCCAAAGUGGCCUGGCUCUCCUCCUCUGCUCACUUUGGCCCCUCAGGAAUCGCCGCGUCCGGCCACGUUCACACAAAACUGCUUUUUGAACGUGAAAAAGCUGAAGAAAUGCAAGUGCUGGAUUGCGAGAGGCGUCUUUUGGUUGAAUUAUUUGCAGUAAAAGGAAAGUCGUGUUUCCCCCUCGAGUCUCUGCAAUUUCAAACACUGUUAAAUUGCUUUUGUCAUUGUUUGUGUGAAACUGUUUCAGGAGCAUCUGGCUCCCUGUCGUCUUCUUCCCUGUCUUUUCACCUUUGUGCGUCUCCGGUUCAUUGUUCAAGUCGCUUACACACCCACCUCAGUAUGUUUUUCUCCAGCCUCUUUCAAAAUCAGUUCUUUUGUAUUUAUUUUACGGCAAUAAUGGCCUUUUAGGUAUAUUUCCCUUUCUUUUUACACCUUUCCCCUUUUCUCUUUCUUUCCCUUUGGAUUUUUUUUAAAUAUUAAACACCCUCUUUGAUGUAUAUUUCAGAUUCAAACUAGAGCAAAUAUUUAGUUUUUUUUGUCUUUUUUGAGUGGGAAAGGCAGUCUAUUUUGGGAGUAGGGGUAAAUAUGAUUGCUAUGAAUGGUUGGCUCUUGGUAGCGGUCGGGGUGCAGUAGUCAAAGCAAACACAAGGACCCUGUAGACAUAAUCAAACUCCUUGUUGUUGCUUUACCACCACUCUGCUGGGUGAAGCUUUGGCCACAAGGGGGCGCAGGCGGUCGUGGUGGAGGGACCUGAAGGUCAGCACAGCAUCCUUUGCAACACAUUGCAGGUGCUGACAUUUCUGUUGAAAACUUCUUUUUCCAGAACAAGGCUUUAAAACUUCUCAUGAAAUGUCAGUUUGAUGUAUGUUUGUAAAGAAAGCUGCUUUGCCCUAAUUUGAUUUAUCUUUUUUUUUUCUCCCCCAAGGCUGAUUUUUGUUUAAUUUCAACAGAGAAGCAUUCGACCUCCUGCUCCUCUGCACCCAACAGAGUUUGCUCCCACUGUUUGUAAUGCUUUAAUUUUUAGAAUAUUUUUUAAUAAUAAUUUGUUAACUUAAUUGAAAUGUGCUGGUAAUCACAAAGACGUGUAUGGCGAAAUUUGUUCCUCUCAAAUAAAUGCAUGUAAUGGCCAAUAA